CUAAUUGGUUGCAAAACUUUUGCUAGAUUUAAAAAAAAAAUAACUUGGGUCACAUACAAGAAUGUGCUGAUACCUCGAUUUGCUUCACCAGCGGCAACAACAGCUCUCUGGAUUUCUCAGAGCUAAAUUAGACCAAGGAGCAGAAAUGGAUUGGCAGAAAACGCUGCACAUCUGGCAGGAACGGAUCUCUCAAGAACUGGACUCGGUGGUGGAUUUUUGGCUACGGCACUCCCAUGAUAAGGAAUAUGGAGGGUUCUUUACAUGUCUGGACCAAACUGGAAAAGUUUAUGAUGAUCAGAAAUAUGUAUGGUUGCAAGGUCGACAGGUAUGGAUGUAUAGUCGGUUGUAUCGAAAAGUACCAAGAUUCCAGCGUCCAGAACUACUACAGGCAGCAAAAGCAGGAGGGGAAUUCCUGCUGAGACAUGCACGAGUGGCUCCACCUUCCCAGAAAUGUGCCUUUGUCCUGACCCGUGAUGGCCGGCCUGUGAAAAUCCAGCGUACCAUUUUUAGCGAGUGUUUUUAUGUUCUUGCGUUGGAUGAACUUGGUCGAGCUACAGGGGAAUCUCAUUAUCAGAGGGAGGCCCUUUCAAUGAUGGAGGCCAUCGUGCACUGGGUGAGAGAGGAUCCCUCUAAGUUGGGUCGUCCGCAGCUGGCCGGCGCUGUCCCACAUGACUCUAUGGCCGUCCCCAUGAUGCUCCUCAACUUGGUGGAUCAGCUGUCAGAAGGAGAUGUGGAAGUUGCAAAUCACUUCAAGGAAUUGGACAACUGGUCUGCUCAAAAAAUACUGAGUCACCUUCAGAGGAAUGGUGCUGCAGUUUUGGAGAAUGUUUCUGAAGAUGGCAAGGAAUUGCCAGGGUGUUUGGGAAGACAGCAGAAUCCUGGUCAUGCAAUUGAAGCAGGCUGGUUCUUGCUCCGUUGUGCCAUGCGCCAGCUUAACUCAGGCCUCCAGUCCCAAGCAGUGGACAAAUUCAUGAAACAGCCAUUCCGUUCAGGCUGGGAUCCUGAACAUGGGGGACUGUUUGCCUUCCAAGAUGUUGAUGGUUUCUGCCCCACUCAGCUAGAGUGGAGAAUGAAACUUUGGUGGCCACACACAGAGGCCAUGAUUGCAUUCCUGAUGGGUUUUGCUGAAACUCAAGACCAAGAGCUUCUGGAGCUAUUUCACCAGGUGGCCAAUUACACCUUUGCUAAGUUCCGUGAUCCGGGACUAGCGGGAGAAUGGUUUGGGUAUCUGAGCCAGGAAGGCAAGGUGGCUCUCACAAUCAAAGGAGGGCCAUUUAAAGGUUGUUUCCAUGUCCCUCGUGCUCUCUAUAUGUGUGAAGAAAUUCUGAAAUCCUUGCUGGAAACAAAAUCUGCCAUUCAGAAAUAAAAUAUUUUUUUGACUUUUGUAAAAGGCUGUAUUUUCUGCAUUUUCUGCCCUCGGGAGAGUCUAAUUAUAAAAAUGAUCUUUUCUGGUCAUUUUGAAACUCACCCCUCAAAGCCUCAUUUUAGAAGCCAAACAUCAAUGCAAUGCUCUCUACAUGGGGCUUCCCUUGAAGAGCACCCGAAGACUUCAAUUAGUUCAGAAUGCGGCCACGCGGGUGAUAGAGGGAGCGACUCGUUGCUCCCAUAUAACACCUCUCCUGCGCAGGCUGCACUGGCUUCCGGUGGUCUUUCGGGUGCAAUUCAAGGUGUUAGUUACCACCUUUAAAGCGCUCCAUGGCAUAGGACCGGGUUACUUACGGGACCGCCUGCUGCUACUGGCGAUCUCCCAUCGACCAAUGCGCUCCCAUAGGGAGGUUCUCCUUGGGGUGCCGUCGGCCAGUCAAUGUCGGCUGGCGACACCCAGGGGGACGGCCUUCUCUGUGGGGGCACCAACCCUCUGGAACACGCUACUACCAGGUAUCCGUCAACUCCCUGAUCUUCGGACCUUUCAACGCGAGCUGAAAACAUUUCUGUUUCAUCGUGCAGGACUGGCCUAGUGGGGUUUUAAUAAGGGGUUUUAUUGGUUUUAAGUUCUUCAAUCAACUCUAAAUUUUCCUUUGUAUUAAUUGAUUUUACUUUGACUGUAAACCGCCCUGAGUCCUUUGGGAGAAGGGUGGUAUAGAAAUCGAAACAAUAAUAAUAAUAAUCUAUUUUUACUUGUGAUUUUUUGCUUUUAGAUAUUUUAGAAAAAGGAAGUCCCUAUCAUUUCUCACUUCAUAUUCAACUGGUUGGUUAUUUUUUUAUCUGUACUCUGACUAAAUCUGGCAACACCAAAUUUAUAAGUCCCAGAAUAAAUCUGCAGAAUGCUACUGAGCCACAUUUAUACACUGCUUAAAAGAGCAGAUAAAUGGUUAAAUGUAACAAUUAUUUGCAUUUUCUAUUGGGAUGGAAAAAUAUUUUUAGUCUCUGUUUUCUCUCUCUGAUCAUGAUUUACUUGCUGGUCAUUGUCAAAUAUGUGCCAUUUUAUUUAGAUCUGUGCAAUAAAGACACAAAAUUUUCUCAAAAACAAAUAUCCCACUUUUAUCUUAAUGUGCUUAGGGUGGUAUAAAUACCUCAGCUUACAAUUGGGACUAGAACUUCCAUCACUAAGCAUCAUGGUUAAGUGAGUUAUGCCUGAUUUUAUGUCUCUUUUUGCCAUGGUCAUUAAUGACAUCAUGUCAUUAAGCAAAGUCAGCUUCUCCCAUUGACUUUUCUUUUUCGAAGCUUCCUGGGAAAGUUGCAAAUGCAAUCAUGUGAUUCUAGGAUGCUGGUUUGAUCAUAUGAUACUACAGCAUAAGUGUAGUAUCAUAAGUGUACAGAGUGGUUGUAAAUCACAUUUUUUCAGCACUGUCAUAAGUCUGAGCAGUUGUUAAAGGAG